UUUAAAACUAAAUGUGACCUCACAAAUAAUGAUUAAAAUGAUUAUAUAAUUAUUAAUGUUUAAAAAUUUAAAGAAAAAAUUGGAAGAAUCUGGUGAAUUAAUUCCUAAUCAACCUCAACUUAUCGAACCACUUGAUAAUAUAGAAAUAUCACAACUUAUUAGCAAGGAACAAAGGAAAAGUGACGUUCUCACCAAUAAUCGUCCCUCGAGAAGCAAUAAUGCAAUUUCUACUAUUCCCCUUAACUCAAAAAUCGAGAACAACACAUUUCAAUCUAACGUCCCCAGGCCUACACGAAAUGAUUGCCAAUUAUCGCCCACCCUUGCUUCCUCUUCUCCUAUGGUGGAUGUCGAUUUAAGUUUUUCGCCGAUUAGCAACAAAGCAAAAAUCACUUCACCAAGAUUUAUGCCCCAAUCGGAUAUUGAAAGCGAGGGUGGAAGCGAGAUGGGAGAAGAGAUGGCUGUUCAAGAUUUUGCCAAUAUAGACGUAUUUUCCAAGGAGCAGCUGUUUUACAAGGUCAAGAGGGUAUUGACGCAAUUGACAAAAUAUAGGGGCAGAUAUUCCGAGGUAACACACGCGUACAAGGUUCUGGAAAAAGAGCGCGAAAAAAUGCAAAAUGCUCUCCUGCAAUUCCAAGAUAAAUCUCUCAGGAAAAUUCACGAGAUGAAGGAAACGUGCCAAUUAACCCAACAAGCCAAAGCCCACAUGGAGUACUCCUACCGGCUCCUGUUGGAAGAGAAGGAGGAACAAAUAAAUGUUCUCAAAACUCAAGUGCAAUAUUUUAAAGAAAACAAAUAUAAUGGAACCGAUGAAAUUUCGCCUCAUCAGGAAUCAUCAAUAGUCAUAUCUUCUCAAAAUCAUUCUGACCAAACAACCGAAAUGACGGAUAUAGAAAAUACCGGAAAACCCAGCGAGCCAUUUUCGCAUUAUUUAUUAGAUUCCGAACAAUUACCUACCAGAUCAGCUGAUUUUCAAACCUAUAAAGAAACUUUCUCAGUUGGAUUUUUGACAGAAGAAAUCGAGAAAUCGCCCGUUAGCGGAGGCGACGAGAAAGAACUUAGAGAAGCUCUCGAAAUGGCUUUAGAUAGGCUGAGAGAUACACAUAAACGUUUGCAAGAGACCGAAAAAAAAUUGGGGGAACGAGACGGUAAAACAUUGACUCAUAUUCAAGGUGGUGCACUAUCCCUUACAGAUGAUUCAGUAAUAAAGGAUAGAACAUCUCUAAGAGUAAUAGAGCUAGAAUCGGAAUGCUCCGAACUAAGGGAAAGUUUACAGUAUUUGGAACACGAAUUCGUGAUUAAGGUAAAUGAAGCCCAGGAAUUAGAGGAAAAUUUGGGAAUACCUCAAGAUAACGAAAAUGAUGACCAGAAAAAUGAAACGAAUAAUACUCAGGACAAUUGGAAUUGGUCCGCACCAAACAUCGAAAAUAUUAGUAUUAAUGACCGGGAACGAGGAAAGAUAGACUUAAAAAACAAAUUAGAAAUAACGGAAGGAAAAUUGGCUAAGAUCAAGCACGAUAAAUCUCUCAUGGAGCAAGAGUUCGAGGAAAGGUUUAGAGCCUCUGAGAUCAGGUAUUUGGAAUGCGCUAAGGUUUCUCAAGACGAUAUAACAGCCAGAGAAGCCGUUAAUUUUUUCCUGUCGUCCGAGAUGAACAAGAUUAGAAGCGAGCUUGAAGAUGUCCUUAGAAGUAAAUGUCAGUUGGAAGAUCAAAUUUCUCUAUUGAAAUCGGAGAUAGAACCAACAAAGGCAAAUUUACAUAAACACGAAAAGAUAGUAGCGGAAUUUCAAGCGAACCAUAUAAACUAUAAAACAAUGGCUGAUGAUUAUGCCAAUAUUCAGAAAGAUUUGGAACGUUUGAGGAACGAAUUAGACGAAAAAUAUCGAGAAUUGGAGAUAAUUAAAACUGAACGCUCCAGAGACAACGAUAAAAUUAAAGCACUAGAAAGUAAGCACUUGAGCUCUGCAUCAGAUAAGGAUUUUCUCAUCAAAAACCUAUCAAAUGAGCUAGCAAGCCUUAAAUCGGUGCUGGAAGAAGAUGGGAGGCUUAAAUCUGAAGCAGAACUUACCAUUUACCAACUGAAAUUGGAAUUGCUCAGGGCGAACACUGUAUUGAAAGAAAACUCAGCAUCAGAUAAGGAUUCCCUCAUCAAAGACCUAUCGAAUGAGCUAUUAAGCCUCAAAUCGUCACUGGAAGAAAAUGUGAAGCUUAAAUCCGUCGCAGAAGAAACCAUGUCCCAAUUAGAAUUGCUUAGGGCGAACACUGAAUCGAGAGAAAACUUACCGUCAGGUAAGGAUUCUCUCAUCAAAGACCUAUCGAAUGAGCUAUCAAACCUCAAAUCGGCGCUAGAAGAAAAUUUGAAGCUUAAAUCCGUCACAGAACAAGCCAUGUCCCAAUUGAAUUUGGAAUUGCUUAGGACGAACACUGAAUUGUUAGAAAACACAGCGUUAAUCCAGGAAAUGAAAGUUAGGGUCGAAGAGUAUGAUUCGCUUCAAAUAAUGUUCGAUGACCUUUCUUUGCAAUAUAGAGAAAAGUGCGAGGAAUUGUCGUCCAUCAAAUAUCAGGUCAAUCAAGACCAUGAAAAGUUCGAAACCCUAGACCGUAAAUACCAGGAACAUGUUUUAGAAUCUCAAAACGCAAUGGCUGCCAAGGAGGCUCACGUACAAAGUCUAACCUUGAAAUCGGAAGAACUCGAAAUAUCAUUAGAGCACGCCAUCAUGGAGACUAAGUGUUUGGCGCUCAAAGAAGACAUGAUAAAGGCAUUAAAAGAAGAUCUGUUAUUUAACGAAACUCUGGCAGAUGAAGCUCGAUAUGAAUUAGAGGAUUUGCGUUUUAAAUAUCACGAAAAGUGCCGAGAAAUAGAAAAUCUUACCAUUGAAUCGAUUAGGUUUAAAGAUGACGAAGUUGCCUCAGUCAGGGAUUCGAUUCUGGAUCAAAAAUAUCAAGAAACUCAAACUGAUCUCGAAAUAUUUCCCGAUUUCACCGCUUCAAUCGAAGAAACGGAAGUUGAUAGCCCAAUAAACGAACGAAAAGAAAAACAUUUCCUGACGAAAAUUGCCGAACUCGAAAUGGAACUCGGUCUGAAAGAAAGCUUCUCGAACGAAGUAGAAAGCAAGUUGGUAGAAUUCAGGAGACAGUUAGGGGAUCGACAAUUAGCGCUAGCGCAUUCCUUAGUCCAUUGUUUCGAUGAUAAAGCUAACUUUGAAAAGUCCCCUACUUUGUCACCUAUGCAUGAAGAAGUUCAAACACCUAUAGAUCAAAUGUAUUCUAUUUUACACGACUCAGAUCUAAAAAUGAAACACACUAUUGAUUUAUACGAUCAGAAAUUAGAAGAACGCGAAAAAGAAAUUGCUGUCCUAAAAAACCGCAUGAGACACAAAGCCGAACAAUUAAGGAAUCUGGAAAAAAAACUCGUAUUUUACCUCGAACAAACCUUUAAAACAGCCGUAAGCCAAUUUGGUUCCUCACUUUUAGCCUCUCUAAGUCAGAGGGGUCUACUCCCAGAGACGAAAGCUGAAAAAAAUAUCAUCGAUCACGAUAUCUGGCCAGUUGAUAUUGAGAAAUAUUUAUGGAGUGGUCCUAUAACUCACAUUCUAAACGAAACUUUAACGGAUGAAUUUUUUGAUCAUCUAACAUCCUUGCACCCUAUAUCUAAACGAAACAAUAGCUCAAUUCAAUCCACAAAUCUUAAAAAAGCAUCUCAAGAUAUGGAUGAGAUUGGUUUAGAUUUCAACGAUAACAGCCGUAUAUGGAGUCAAGAUACCAUGGCUGUUGGAUAUAGAGACAUUCCCCCUACUGAAGCUAUAGACCAAGAAAAUAUUCUGAAGGAUUAUUCCUCUGCUGUAUCCUUCACCUUAUCCCAAUAUAAUGAUUUCCCCUUAAAUAGUACAAUGAUUAGAGACAACAAGCGUUCAUCGUCCGUCGCCUCCUCGACAUUUAAUUCGUCAAGUUGUUGCUACGGACCUCCGCCACUUUUCCCCGAAACUUCCGAACUCGAAUAUUUGCGAAAAAUUAUCUACGAAUACAUUAUGGGACAUGAGCCUCUGACAAUGUUAAAAGUAAUAUCGGCGAUAUUGAAGUUUCCAGAUGACAAACGACUCAAAAUUAUCGAAAAAGAGAAAUCAAAAAAUUCCAGCUACAAUCGAUGGUAUUGAAAAAAAUUCAAGGCUCCUCAAAUCAAUUUUUAUAGUGAAGGAAAAGUAUAAAGCCAAUUUUGUUAGUCAAUUUUUUAAAUAUUUAUAUCAAUUAUUGAAACGAAUUUUAUA